UCCCCUCAGGCCUGUUCACCCCGCUAUCAUCCAGAAGGCGAGACAUGUUUUGAUGUGAGAGGAUGCCAACCCCCAGUCCCAUCAUCGCCACCUCACCUGCUUUUAAGAUAACCUUUGGGCCGACUAGAGACACUAUUAUGUAAUUGUGAUGAACUGAAAGAAUAUUUAUGUAGCACUGUGAUUCAUUAAUCAUGUGCUGCCUUCCCUGCUCAUUUGAGCUUAACUCUUUCCCUUUGUCUUUUACAUCUCUCUCUCCACCUCCUCUUUCUUCCUCUGUUUUUAUAAUGCACAACAGAUGUGCAUUGAAGUCCAGAUUGAACUUGUAUUUAUAACAUUUGGAUAAUGAGCUUUUCAAUAAAGCGUUUCACAUUCUCUACUGGUUGAAAUGAAGUGUAAUGUGAUGAAAUACUCCACCUAUCCUGUGUUUAUCAGAUCAAUGCAGAUGAAGGACGUUAGAUAUUGUGAUGAACCGGUUUUAGAGUAUUUACAUGAUGCAUAGGGAGUGUGGUGUAGUGUUUUUGAACAUUAUAUUUCUGUAUAUAUGAAUUAACUAGGUAAAUCCUGUUUCUAGUCUAUUAGUUACAAUGUGUAACCAUUGAUGUCCCAGGACCAAGAUUGGUAAACACUGUUGAAGUGUAUAAUUGUAAUACAUACAUGCAGACACAGCAUCAUUCAAAGACUGGAAUUUGAUAGUCCUGGUAUUGGAUAUGACUGAAAAAUAAUCUCAAAGACAUUCAUACCUGAACAGCACCUUUAUUUGCCAAGGUAGAGUACAUGAUCAGUGAAUAUAUUAAAUGUACAGGCUACAAUGUGGGGAUCUCAUGUAUGGUAAUAACUACAUGUAUAUAAAUCUUGCAUCCUUGGUAACAACAUGAUAUUAUAUUCUACUCAAUCCAUAGGCUUCAAUAAUGUCAUUCCGGCUGUUUUGAAGUUGAUACAACUGGCUAUGAUAGCUGAGGUUCAUAGCUAGGUUCUGAUAGGUUCUAAUAUGUAUACCAAACGUUUGGGUUCAUUACACAGAUCGGCUAGAUAGCUAGCUACACACACCUGUUCUCUCCUGGUAUUUCUGUCUGCCAUCUUUGAUCCAGUUCAGUUCUGUGUAGGGGUACCCCUCUCUCCUCGUAUGUACUGUCUUAAAUACAGUGGCUCAAACUCUGCAGUUGUUGAACUGAUGUUUGGUGUUAAAGGGGAAAUUUACAAUUGCUACAUCCAUAUUGUGAAUCUUAAAUUAUUUAUUUAUAGCCAUUGAUUCUUGAUGAAUAUAACACAUGCCUCAUGAGCUUAGUUCUACUGUUGUACCCCAUCAGAACCCAAAAUAAGCUUUUCUUACUCCAAUGCCAAGAAACAAUGUAAAUCAACACUGUUUAGCCUCAACAUGCUUAAAACUAUAAUGUUAGUAUCAUGGAUGGUCAGUCCUUGCAUCCAUAGGUCUGUCUAUGAAUUUGAAAGUAGUUACAUUUGUCCAACCCUAUCAUUUAUAACAAAACAGUGUUUGAACUACAGAUUGGUUGAUUGAUUGAUGUAUGGAUUUUUUAAACAGCAACUUAAUGGCUGCCCAGAGACUUGGUUUGGUAAAGAAAGAAAUGUAAUGUUAUAUAUAUAUGUAAACAUUCAUACACAUAGCUCAUAUAUUAUACAGCGCCAAGCCAAACCGCCUGACUCAAGUCAUUUCACAUACCCCUGCUAAAACAGGAACUAGCUCACACAGCCAGCAAUAAAACUACCCCCCCUAACACUAUCCCCUCAGCUCUGUUGUCUUACCACCCCAGGAAACAAAGACAUUCCAUCGCAAGAACACAUACACCCAGCCAUAAAACUGACCCCCUCUGUUCUCUUCUUUCACGACCCCUCUGCUCUCCUGUAUCAGAUUUCCUGACACACAAAUACUUGCUUGCAUGAACACACACACACCUUACCACAUCUCAGUCCAGGUCAAAGGGAGCUCAGAGAACAAGACUCUGCUAUGCACCAAUGGGGCCCGCUCUGGCUAGAGCAAGGUCCGCCUCCAACUCUUUGUGACCAGUCAGAGGACCAAAACGACAAGACUCCACCUACUUUAUUAUAUGUAUAACAAUGAAUGUAACCUUUGAAUAAGGUCUCUUUUUCACCUGACCCCUCAUCGGGUUAUAUGAACUAGAUCUGUGCACGAUGUAGAACAAGAUAUAUUUGACCAAUAAACGGCCUUUUUUGAUACACCUGAUUCCACUCUGUCCAGCGUCGUUGAUCUGCAUUCCCUCUCCAGUAUGAAACACUAACAAAAUGGUAGCAUGAGGAUGGUUAUUCCUGGAUUCGAUCUAUGAUAAAUUAGUGUGAGAGGACGAAACUGAUCACGGCUCAAAAUCAGACGGAAGAGUGACUUGUCCAGCUAUUCGUCUUGCCUCAGGAAAUCUGAUCGGAGCGCUCUACUUGAAAGGUGAGCAGAGCCUGUUAAAUCGAAAUCUGCAUAUUGUAUUAUAGUCUAAACCAAAUUUUGAUCAGAAAGUACUGAGCGUGAGUAUGAAUCGUUGCCAAAUUAUUUUUUUACAUAAGAACCUAAGGCAUUGAUUAAAGAUAUCUUGUUUUGUAUAAAGACAACAACAAAAAAAAAGAUUUAUUUUUUAUUUUUGAUAAAUUGGACUAUACUGAGUUAUUUUAAUAGGAAUGUGUGAAUCGUGAUUGACCAAUAUGUUAAAUUCCUUCGGGACCCUGUUUGUUCUGAAAUCUGCAUAGAAAACUGUCCUAAUUAUAUAUAUAUAUAUAUAUAUUGGGUUGUGUAUAGAGGUGAGGGAAAGCAGAGGCUGUGUUUUAACAUGUAAAGGACACGAUUAUGAAUGUUGGAAAUUCUAUGUGAAUUUCGUAUGAAUGACUGUAGUAUUGAGAAAACAUAUUAACCAGAGUUUACGUUCCAUGAUUUUGAGACCGGGGAAAUUAAAUUGAGAGAAACGUUUGUCGCGGAGUAAACCGCUAGGUUGGGAUACGUAACUGGGCUAUUAUGCACACGUGCUGAUAGACAAAGCUUACUUUAGUAGUCGAAUGGCCGUGCAACUUUGAUUGACAGCCGCCGGGCUAAAACACAGAUUUUCGCUUUUUUCAUUCCUGUUGAUAUUGCCUAAAGUUUAAAAUUAUUCUGACAAUUGCUAUAGAAUCGCUCAAAUUUACUGAUAUAGGUUCAUAAAGGCAGUUACUGAAUUAUUUACAGAAAGUGUUUAAAUACGUCGCAGAACAUUUUUUGAGUUCUUCUAUAUUUCCUACAGGGCCAGAAUUACUCUGACGAUUGUUAUAGAACCGCAUAUAUUCACUGAUAUAUUGUUCCAAAAGGAAAUCGCCGAAUCAUUUCUAGAAAAUACUUGAAUAAAAUCACUGAACAAAUUCAAAUUACUGCCGGAGAGGCACACACGUAACUGCCGCUACAUUACUAAUCUGACCAAGGGUGGGGGUGCAUAUGGGACAACUUUGAGCUAGCGAUACAGUACAUUCCCAGGUCUCGAACAGAGACGGGCUGAGUAUACAAAGAUAGAAAUAAGCUACACAAAGGACUGACUAAAACCUAGAUAAACGCAUUAUACACAUUAUCAGACGAAUUAGAUAAAAAUGUCUGCAGCCACCACGCCCAAACUCGGAUUCAGUGAAUAUUUAGAUCAGAGUAUAAUUCAUGUAGCGGGAGGUAAAGAACAGUAUGAGAAAGUGGAGAAAGUGUGGAAAGGAUUACGGUUAAAAUGGACGCAAGCAGGUUAUUUUAGCGGGGGACCCCCUACAGGGGGGAAUCUCCAAGAUAUGCAGAAAAAGCUACUGGAAGACGCAGGGAAAGCAACGGCAAGUGAGACAGAGAGGAACAAAGCUCAUUGGUUCAAGAAGGAAGGGACUAGAGAGAGAAUGCGGGCAGAAGCAGAAUUGAAUGUAGGAACAUGGGCUAUAGAAGUCUGUAGGAGGAUGCAGCCCAAAAACAAACCAGAUAUGAUGUGUGUGGCUUCUGCGUCAACGGGGGAUGUUAAAGCUCCGCCUGAGGACUUGCCCACGGCUCCCCCUGCGGUCGUUUUUCCCUCACUAUAUCCACAAUUGACAAAGGAGGCAGUUCAGCCCCCGCCAUACUCAAAGGGACAAAAUCACCGGAGCCCGUCACACAACCCAUUCCACGGUAACAACCCAUUCCUGCCCAGGGCACCUCCCGCAAUACAGGCUCCAGUUCUGAGAUUAGACCAAGGGGAGUUAAAAGGGGAAAUGACACUGGGGAUAACGGGUGGCCAUAUUGUAUGUGAACCGCUCGAAACCGGGACUCCAGGCGCAGGAGGUCUCCCCCAGGAACGGAGACCACAAUGCUCCUCUGUGAACUCUCUCACCUCUGAAACCAGAGGACACCUACAAACAAGAUUAGAUUCAAACCACUUCUAUCAGACGGAUAGGGAGGACUGUCAUCAGAACAUGGAUAUCGAAAACGAAGAAGAUAUUGACAUGGUGCUCACCCCAGCACCGAUGGGAGCUCCAAACGUGACUAAGAUGCAGGAGCUGCUGCAAUCAUCAAUAGAUCGAGCUAAGGAACUCAGGGAGCUUAUGGCUAACCAAGAUAACAAUGCCUAUCGUGUGGACGGCAUAAUGAGAGGAACAGUAACCGAAGUCACUGAAACAAUGGGGUCCGAAACACCCCGUCGGUCCUCCAGAAUCGCUGAUAGAAGAGAGCAGGAGAUGGCAGGACAGUAUCCCCUGCGACCGACACCUGGUGAUGCACACACUUUGGAGUACCAGCCCUGGAAAAUGACUGAUUUAACAACCUUGAUGGAACAGAUGCCUAGCUUACAUGGGGGAGCUUCAGCGUGGCUACUCCAACUGCAGACUCUUACAUCAGGCCUGCAACUCUGCCUAGGAGACAUGAAAGCACUACUAGCAAGAGCCACUGAUCACGGAACCAUGGAGGCCCUCAUGACAGCAGCUGGCCUUGAAUGGCGGGCCCCAACACUCCCCAUAGACAACUUCCGUACUAGAUUAUGGGAAGUUCUACGGAGAGCGUACCCUACAGAAAGAAACCAUGCCAUUUUAUCCUCCUUUAUAAUCAACCCAGGUGAGCAACCUGCAGCAUACCUGGACAGAGCUAAGACAACAUGGAGAUCGGUCCAUGAAGAACCAUUCGAUCACACAGACACCACACUCAGCAUGUGGAAGGAAAUGGUGGUGAACGGGUGUCCUGGAGAUGUAAAAACCAAGCUCAGAGGAACAGUGGGGCUGAUUGCACUUCCUCUGACCCAAUUCAAUACGCAUGUGCACCACCAUGUAUCCCAACACAACAAGAAAAGAGGGGAAGCUGAGAGCCAGGUCCAGUCCCUCCAAAUUCAACUCUUGAAGCUUCAACUAAAAGAGGCACAGAAAGGUGAGAAACCUAAAAAACAAAUGAUUGCAGAAGUAACUCAAGACCAAGGGGAACAGCCAGAUAUCACUCAGAUAAUAGCACAGACUGUCUCUCAGAUGAUCCAACAGCAGGCAGCCUCACUCACUGCCACUAGGGGGGCCCAACCACCCCGAUACCCUCCCCCACAGCAGUAUAUCAUGCAACAACAACAGCCACAAUGGGCUCAACGAGGUCCCUACACUGGACAACCCAGAAAGGGAAACUACCAGUGUUAUAACUGCGGAAUUCCCGGUCACUAUGCAAGAUAUUGCACGAAACCACUCUCCCCGCACCAACUGCAAUGGAGAGGAAGAGGAGGACCUCCCCCUUUUCAAUACAACCACCCAGGUCCUCAGCAACAGCCAGCAUACAACCACCCAGAAUCUAGCCACAUGCAGCAGCAACAGCAAGAUUACAACCACCCACAGUUCCAAGGCAUGGCAGGGAACACCAUGCCCUGGCCAUAAAAAUGCCCACCACUCACAGCAGGAGAAGAGAGACAAAACUUUCAACAGCACACUGAAUCAACAAUGAUGUGCGAAGUUGAGGGUGUCCCCCAUCAGUUCCUGGUAGACACAGGAUGCACCUAUUCUACUAUCAAGUUCUCUCACAUACUACUGAAAGUGGAGUGGAAGUAUCCACCAACCCUCCCUCUUCAACACCUGAUCGCCCAGCAAGAAUUAUGAUGAUGCCACUCCAGCCGACGCCCACGCUGUCUGACACCCAAGAAGUAUACUGGCUAAAAUGCCUACCCACAGGGCCUACCACCCCUCACAUCCAGUUUAAGUUCAACCAACGGACAGCUCAAAUCUACACUCUGCACCCAUACAAGACUCCCCAAGCUGAGAUCCAUUGCACACUCAAUGCAACAGAAACUGAUGACUGCCCCUGAACUGAAGACUGGGACGAAGACAUGAUGCACCUGACCCCACCUAUCAGGUGUUGUACCAUUGUGUGUGGCCCAGAGGGGGUGGCAGCACCGGUCAUCCUACGAUCAAGGAACCUCCAUGCACCCCUGGCCUGGACGGCUGAAGCAUUAACAGCCAUAGCACUCCUGAAAACAGAUCUAUCAGUGGCAGCAGAUCUGACUACAAGAACAAGUUCCAUUUGGAUGUUUCUGAAAAGGAAGGAUUCACCUCAUCCAUCCUUUUCCAGAAACAAGAGGGGGAGAGAAGGGUCUUGAUGUACUACUCUUCCAAACUUGACCACAUUGAGGUAGGACAGACAACAUGCUCCAGAUACGUUCCUGCAGUAGCAAAAGCUAUUGAAAAAACAGCUCACCUCGUAAUGUCACCCUUCAAUCAGCCAUCAUCCCUCAACCAGCACCUGCCCAAUUUGCUGAAAUCAUCGGAUUGACGCAGGCCCUCAUCAGAGGAAAAGGAAAGACUGUGAAUAUCUAUACAGACUCAGCCUAUGCCCAUGGAGCAGUUCACACUGAUGGACCCAGAACUUUUACGUGAAGUACAUUGCCACACACACGAAGGCAAACUAAAGACCCUUCAAAAAGUCUCGCACAUCUGGUGGCACCCUCACAUAAAAAUAUGACUGACUUAGUUUAUGACGACGAUUUAUUUUAAAUGCAACAUUAGUGGCAGCCACAACCUAAAGAAACCAUAUCAAAACACCAAGGGGCUCAUACCCAUUACAUAAUGCAUGUUUUCAGGAUAUUAGUAUAGAUUACACCGACAUGGGCCCCGAAAAUGUAUCUAAAGGCAAACGCUAUCUCCUAGUUAUGGUAGAUAGGUUCUCCAAAUGGGUAGAAGCAAUACCAACAGCGAAGGGGGAUGCUAGGUCAGUCGUUAAGUGGCUACCAACCAAACUAAUACCCAGGGAUGGCAUCCCAAGACAAAUCAAAUUUGACAAAUGGCUCACAUUGAACAAACACCUGAGACAGGUGGAAGAAAGAUUUGGCAUAACACACAGAUUUGGUUCUGUGUACCACUCCCGGUCCCAAAAUCUGGUGGAACGUUAACCCAAAAGCUGAAAGCUAAGAUGGCUAAGAGUCAUGCCUGGUCCACCAAGGGAGGGAGGUCAUAUGCCCGACCUUGAUGUAUAACAAAUUGUAAUGUCUAAUUAUGUGAAAAAACUGACGGUUCUCUCUGCAGCACUCUCUACCCAGGUUCACAAGGUCCAGGAGGGGGAGUGUGCCGGGGGACACGCAACCACUGAAGGUAAAGGUUGGGUGACUGGGUGAGGGUUAAAAGUCCACAAGAGAAAGUGGCUGGAACCCAGGUGGACUGGACCGUACGAAGUGAAGGAGGUUACUUCACACUCAGUCCAGGUCAAAGGUAAAUCAGGCGCACCUUGGCACCACCUUACACAUUGCACCCCAGCCCCAACUCCUUCCAGAACACUGACUGAAGUCAGAGCUGAUUUGAGCGGCCUAAAUUCGAUUCCAAAUGAAGACACUCCUUACUCAGGUGAUGCGGCAUCAAACUCUGCCUCCUCUGAAAAAGGAACCUCGCCCAGAUAGAGGGACAUUACUCCCUCCCUGGGUGGGGCUGGGGAUAUCUGGCCCUUUGUUUGUGAUAUUCCUACUGAUCUUUGGGGUGUCCCUGGGAACUUUCACAUGGUUAAUAGAACAACAAACACAUACUAAAGCAUCAACCCCUCUCACCCCAACCCCUAUCCCUGAUACCAUUCCUAGCACCACUCCCUUCAAUCUCACACGCACCAAACGUAGCACUACACCUACAGACCCACCAUGCACACCAGACAAGGUUAGAAGCACCACCUUAUGUAUACCCACGAAUGCAACCACUAACAUUGCAUUAUAGUUUUCACGUCUAGUAGACGUGAAGAGGGGGAUUUGUUAUAUAUAUAUAUAUAUGUAAACAUUCAUACACAUAGCUCAUAUAUUAUACAGCGCCAAGCCAAACCGCCUGACUCAAGUCAUUUCACAUACCCCUGCUAAAACAGGAACUAGCUCACACAGCCAGCAAUAAAACUACCCCCCCUAACACUAUCCCCUCAGCUCUGUUGUCUUACCACCCCAGGAAACAAAGACAUUCCAUCGCAAGAACACAUACACCCAGCCAUAAAACUGACCCCCUCUGUUCUCUUCUUUCACGACCCCCUCUGCUCUCCUGUAUCAGAUUUCCUGACACACAAAUACUUGCUUGCAUGAACACACACACCUUACCACAUCUCAGUCCAGGUCAAAGGGAGCUCAGAGAACAAGACUCUGCUAUGCACCAAUGGGGCCCGCUCUGGCUAGAGCAAGGUCCGCCUCCAACUCUUUGUGACCAGUCAGAGGACCAAAACGACAAGACUCCACCUACUUUAUUAUAUGUAUAACAAUGAAUGUAACCUUUGAAUAAGGUCUCUUUUUCACCUGACCCCUCAUCGGGUUAUAUGAACUAGAUCCGUGCACGAUGUAGAACAAGAUAUCUUUGACCAAUAAACUGCCUUUUUUGAUACACCUGA